AUGUCUAUACAAAAGGCGAUUUUAGACCCGCGGGUUUCCCCGCCAGUUCUCAAACUCCACUUCGAUAUAUGGCAUCAAAUCUUGAGUUAUCUCCCAAAUAUAUCACGUCGAACGCUUACGCAUCUUACUGGAAAUAAGUUCCCUCUCUGGUCUAAUAAUAAUGAGCUUAAGCACCAGAAAGUUUGGGACCUUAUAUUUGAUAACUACGAGUUCCUUGAGUAUAUGAGUGACUGCGGCUACCUUUGUAUUCUUAUAGGAAGUGAUUUACAAUAUCUCUAUAACUAUAACUCGAGGGAAGCACUAUAUAAAAGGAGUCUGAAAGAUCGCAAUGAUCUAAAUCUCGCUCUUAUUAUCCUUCAGGGUAAUCAGCGCUAUAGAUCAUGGGCGGGGCAACCCGGAACAUCCCGAAUAGUCGGAGAUUUCAUUAAUAGCGCUAGGAAAGAACUCAAGCAGCAAAUACAUAUCAGCGAUACGAGAUGGGACGUACCAGGAACGCUUCAGAUCCAUCAUCGCCCCGGAAAAAGGAAACGUUAUACCAUUCGCCUAAAUAUAGAAUCGCUCAGUAAAGGCCCACUCCCGGAUCGGCCGUCAAUUGAGUUAGCUUGUGAGGCGCUAGUAUCACUUAAGGGGGAUUACUUGAAUUCGGCGUAUCUAUAUUGGAAGUAUGAUCGGAAGCUGUUACGCCUUAUUGAGCCUCCUGAUAUUGUUGGGGUCGGAAGAUAUGCUUCCGUACGCGGUACCAAGGAAUGGGUGAAAGAUGUAUGUGGUCUCAAGAUUCAACAUCCGGAAGAAGUACCCGAGCUGUGCCACCAUCAGCCACCUUGUAUACCGAGCUUUAAAAAGAAGCGUUCCAAAGGCUGGAAUGAGGUGCACAGCUCCUUUGAAGGAGCUUUCCCUUGCCAAAUUCUAUUCCACAAGGGGUUAGGAAGGGAUCGCCAGUAUUACGCAAGGGUUGAACAAUUUCCAAAUGGACAUUUGUAUAUAGGAUGGCACCCGGAUUAUAGAUAUAUUAAGGCAAAGUUUCCCGCAAACUACCGUGGUGAAAAAGACUGGGAGACUGAUCCUAUUAUGGAGAAAAGAAUAUAUUAA